CAUGGAAGCCUUUAUGCAUCCCUUAAUUAUAGGCUCUAGCCAACGCUCACCUGUUCAAUCGCCUUGGGAUUUGGUGGAUCGAUAUAAGAUGUCAGUUACCCAAAUGUAUGAGAUGGAGAGAUCGAGAACUUUCUUUUCUGGUGAACAACUGUCAAAAGCAGCCCUGUAUACUGAACCUGUGAUCAUUCAAAAAGACAAACUUCAUCUUCUUCCAGUUACUGAAGUUUGUGUUGAUCACUUCUUUGGAGAUUUACUUAAUCCAUUAGCUGUUAUUCUCCAGGGAAGCUCUGGGAGCGGCAAAUCAUCCAUAGCACAAAGGAUCAUGUUAGACUGGGCAUCUGGAAAAUAUUUAGCAAAAUUUUAUCUUGUUUUUCAUCUGAAGUGUGAAGAGCUGAUGUGUUUUUCUGAAGAGAUGAGUUUGAUUGAUCUCUUGAGCUGGAGUUGCAGUUUAACUUCAAAUGAGAUUAUACAGAUGCUACAGCGGUUUUCAUUAAAAGUGCUCUUCAUUAUUGAUGGAUUUGAGGAGCUUAGAUUCACACAAGACAUUACUUACACACCGCCACCCACUGAUUUACACCAGAAAGCCCCACCUGAAGUCUCUGUUUGUGUGCUGCUGAAAGGACAAAUCCUGCCUGACUCCUUCCUGCUGGUCACCACCAGAUCUUCAGCUACACAGAGACUGAACAAUUUAAUUAACAGACCUCAGUGUUGCACAAAUACGAUUGUUGGCUUUCCUAAGAAGAAGAUAGAGGAGUACUUCCAAAAGUUUUUUCAGGAUGAGGAACUCUUUAGGAAAGCUUAUGAGUCUGUUAACUUAAAUGAAACCCUGUUGACUGUCUGCUCCAUUCCUGUAAUCUGCUGGAUCAUCUGCACAAUUAUCAGAGAAAGAUUCAAUGAUGGUGCAGAUAUAACAAGCGGUCUGGAAACAACCACAUCCAUAUAUGUUGAGUUUGUGUCCACUUUACUGGAGCAUCACGGUCAGGGUUUGAAUGAGUCGGUCCCAAACCUACUGAGGAGUCUGGGUCAACUGGCAGAGAGAGGGAUGCUGAAACAACAAGUUCUGUUUGAUGAGAAAACCAUCCAAGAAACAGUCCAAGAUCCAGUUAACAAUCCAUUCUUGAACAAAUUCCUAUUGGAAAGAAGAAUCAAGCAAGAGACAAUGUUUAGAUUCGUACAUCUGAGCUUUCAGAAGUUCUUCACUGCUCUGUACUUUGUCUUAUUGGAUGAAGAUGAGUCUCAGAAGAAAGUCAGAGAGCUUCUUCAUACUGUAGAGAGAGGAUGGGCUUUGUCCUCUUGGUCUGCUGCUGAGUUUUCAAACAGAGAUUCAGAAAUAAGAAAAUCAAAUCAGUUACAGUCUGAGAUUUUGUUCCUCUGUGGUCUCUGUAAGAAUGAAACGAUCGACUCAUUCUUUAAAAAGCACAAUGUGACUGUUAGUAUCAAUAUAGAAACCCAGAUGAAGGAAUGGAUCCAUCAGUGUUCACUGAGAUAUCAACAUGAAAACAUGAUGUUCAUUCUUCAUUGUCUCUAUGAGCUUCAUGAGAGGAGCUUCAUUGGGAAAGUUUUGGGAGAUUUGGUUCUGAUCGAUCUGUCCAACAUUUCCCUAAACAAGACAGACUGCUGGGUGCUGCGGUUUUGUUUUCAGUGCUGUGAACGCAUCAGAAACCUGAGACUCAAUGUUACAUCUGAUCAUCUGAAGAUACUUCAGCCUGCAUUGUGUAGUUGUGAAGAGCUGUGGUUGAUAUUUGAUCACAUUUCAGAUGAUGUUGGGGAUUUCAUCUUGGCUCUUGGAGACGGAAAGAUUAUGAAUCAGCUGAUGAUAAAAGUGGAUAAAAACAAGAACAGAAGCUGUCCAGAGAUCAUUGGAUCAGUUAAAGACGGUGUCGUCACAUUGUCCAUUAGCUGCUCCAAAAUCUCAAUAAAUAGACCAAUACCCUUAGAUUUAACUCUGAUUUGUCCUCGUCCAGCGAUUUGCACAAUAAACUGGAGAGACGUUCUGCAGACGUUCAUGAGAUGUACACAAGAACCUGAAGGUUCUGAUAAAGAGGUUUUUGCUCUGUUACAAGUCCUGCGCUCUUCAUCUGGUUUAAAGAAAAUUCAUCUGCAGGUGGACAUCUUGAGUGACACACUGGUCCACACAAUCAUUUCCCUCAUCCAGACCUGUCCCAGUCUCAGUGAACUUGGGAUAAAAGCCAUAUUGACAUUACAACAGGAGGUAAUCCAGACCCUACAGGAAUCAUUAACGGACAUGGAUUGGAUGCUCAACAUCUGGAGGACAUCUGUGUUGCUUAAGCGUGACAAAGAUUCAACAGAGGAGGAACUGAAGCCAGAAUACAUGGAAGAGGUUCUGGUGCAUGUGUCUUCCUCAAAAUUACAAGCACCUGGACCAACGAACUCCAUGUUCACACCUGAACUCACUGAUAGAGAUGAAGUCAAAGGGGAAAAUACACACAGGUUUGUUUCUCCACAUGCUGGUCAGUUUCAGUGCAGUUUGACCAACCUUGUGUUUGUGAUGGAGGGUAAAGGAGAGAUGUUGUAUAAAAUCGUACCCUGGGAUCCACGGCUCUUAGAUGGUUUGGGUCAGAUGCAGCCUGCAGGUCCCUUGUACAACAUUGACUGUUUUGAAGGUUCAAUCUCACAACUGCAUCUCCCACACUGUGAAAUUUUUUCAGAGGAGAAUAAAGUCAGUUUGGCUGUAGCACACAUCACUGGUGAUAAUGUAGAAGUGUUGCAGCCACUCAAAGUGAGCAGCACUCAUGUGAUUAUUAAUAUCACAGAGUUUUCUCUGUUUGGACUCAUAAAAAAGAUCAUAUACCCUGAGUCUCCUGUUCGGUCCCAAGUGUUGUUUUUUGUCCGUCCAACAUCUGUGAAACAGAAAGAGAAAAUACUGGAUGUCCAUUUGCUUCCAAGGAAUGUCCCGCUGUCAGAGGUAAAAAUCCAACACAAGGAGAAUCGUCACAUUCAGACCAGUCCAAAAUGUCGUCUGACUCCAGGUAGAGAGUACAGUCUGUGUUGUCUACCAGAGGGACUUAAAGUACAACCAGAGAAUGAAUUGUUUGAGUUUGAUUUCGACCCAAACUUUCAUCCCACAUUUGAAGUGAUUCUGGAUGUAAACAUUGAGGAGAUAAAGCUCGGUCUGUUGGAUAGAACUGAUGAAGAGAAAACAGUUUGGACACCACGCCAAAUCUUUUUUACAGAAUCAGGUUCUAGUACUGACUCUACUGCUAUCAUAAAGGACACGGAAUCUGAAUUUGUGGACAACAAUAGAGAUGAACUCAUUCAGAGAGUCACGUCUGUGAUGGCGAUAGCUGACUGUCUGAGAUCAAAAAAGAUGAUUACAGAUGAAAUGUGGAGUGAAGUUCAUGCUGAGAAUACCCACAGAAAACAGAUGAGAAUCUUGUAUAUGGUGCUGAUCUCAGGAGGUUCUAGUGUAAAAGCAGAAUUUUACAAACUACUGAAGGAGAAGGAACCUCAUCUAGUAGAGAGCUUAGAGUCUUCAUCAUCCACUAGUGCUCAGUAAUACAGACAGUGUUAGAUUGUGUGCAGCUAAAUAGUUUCAAAUCUCUGCAUCUCUGCUCAGAAUCUGACGUGGAACAAAGCACUGUUCCAUGUUAAAGACCGUUUUAUAAAUAUGGACUUUGCUGUGGAUUUUUGCUUAUGCACGCUGUUACAUCCCCAGUGUUCUGGGUUCGUUUUUGUAGUCAUUUUUGUUUUGGUAUUGCUUGUGGUUUGUUUGUUUGUGUUUUAUUUACCAGGCAAGUUUGCUUCUGUGAGAGUUCCGGCAGCUGAUUGGUUGUUCUACAGCUGAUUGGGAGCUGGAACUCCACCGACUCAUCAGUGGCUGCAGCUGGCUGGGCUCUUUAAAAAGCCCAGUUUUGGACCAGUUCACUCUCACUUGUGCUGGUUUUGUUUGUACCCUAUGUGGAGAUAUGUAUGACAUUUAGACAAUUUUCUGACAUUUUGAUAUAAAUAUUUAACAUCUUACAAUAGUUUUCAAACUAUUUUGUGUGUUCAUAAACCUAGCUUGUGUUCCAUAUUUUUGCAAUUUGUAGCAGCAGGAGGGAGCAUUUGUUGUUUGUGGAUCAUUAUAAUUAAUUUGUGUUAAUUAUCUUUCUUUUUCUCACAGGGAGUUGGGGAGUAAAUGUUGCGCUACCCUGGGGUAUACAUAUCAUCCAUAGGUAUAUUUCUCUGUCUAGAAACACUAGGUAGAUCUGGGCGGACCACCAGCUCUAGGUUUGGUUAGGGCGCUUUGACCGUGUGCCAGGCAGGGAUUUUUAUAAUCUAUUGGGGGACAAUACAGGUUAGGGGUGGGGAUUUUUUUUUUGCUUUGGUCUGUCCAGCCCUCCCCUUUUCCCAGAAAGUUAUUAUUGUUUAUUAUUCAUAUUAGUAUUGUACAAAAAUUAAAGCUUUGUUUUAUACGGUAUUUGGUUUUUGUGUCCUUUUCUCGUGCCGCAAUUCCAUGCCUCCCUGCUUGCAUCGGUGGUCCUGAGUAGUGGGUUGUCAGGCUCCUCUCCCUUUGAGAACUAGAACGUAACGUUUACGAUCAAAUUUCUUUA